AUGGUCAAACCCCUCUCCUUCAAAGGCGACAAAAAGCCCCACAAGAAACGCAAACGAACCCACCAAGACCCCGCCGCCGACGAAGACGCGCCCUCCUCAAAACAACUCAUCCCCACCGACGCAGCGCCCGACGAUGACGAGAACUGGGUAUCCGCAGACGCCAUUGAGGAUAUCGCCGGCCCGGUACUCCUCGUCCUGCCCACCGAGCCCGCAUCGUGUGUCGCGGUGGAUCAGUUCGGAAAGGUCUUCACGAUUGAUGUAGAGAAUAUGGUGGAGAAUGAGCCGAGCACCGCGGAGCCGCAUGAUGUGCGGCAGGUGUGGAUUUCGCAGAGGAUUGUGGGGACGGAGGGGAGUUUUACGUUCAAGGGACAUCAUGGGAAAUAUUUGGGCUGCGACCAGUAUGGCUUCCUGUCAUCCACACGCGAAGCUGUUAGCCAAGAGGAGACGUUUAAAUGCAUAGCGUCGAGCGAGAAACCGGGGCUAUUCGAUGUCCAGACUUCGAGAGGAAAAUACCUAUCGAUAGACAGCGACAAAACCCCGCCCGAAAUCCGCGGAGACGCAGAAGAAGCAGGCGAGACCACUACACUGCGAAUACGAAUGCAAGCACGCUUCAAGCCGAAGCACAAAGUCGAGAAGGCAGAGAAGGUCAGAGCGAAGAUCAGUCGGAAAGAGUUGGAAGACGAAGUUGGGAGGAGACUGGAGGAUGAUGAGGUCAAGACGUUGAAGAAGGCGAGGAGGGAGGGGAAUUAUCAUGAGAUGAUGUUGGAUGUUAAGGUUAAGGGCAAGCAUGACAAGUUUGCGUAG